AUGGCGCUCCCCGUUUCGCGCCCCAAGCUGCCCGUCGCAGUCAACAAGCCCACACCCUACAACUUCGACCUGGGCCUGCUGCUCGCCAACGACCCCAACCCCCUCGAGCUCGACCAGUCCGCCAUUGAGGAAUCCCUCGCCGCCACAGCUCGCGAUGGCGCCCAGGCCCUCAUCAACCAGCUCCUGACCACCUGCCCCCUCCAAAGCACCUCCGACGGCGUCCUCCUGACGCUCCCGCCCCCCUCGACGGACCUGCCGCGCGAGAAGCCCGUCCCCAAGGCCAAGGAGCCGACCAAGUGGGAGCGCUUCGCCGCCAAGCGCGGCAUCAAGCCCAAGACGCGUGAGCAGCGCAAGAACCUCGCCUUCGACGAGGACACGCAGGAGUGGCGCCGCAAGUGGGGUUACAAGGGCCUGAACAAGAAGGGCGAGGACGACUGGGUUGUCGAGGUCGAUGCCGAGAAGGAGAUGAACCGCCCCGAGGGCACGACGAUCCGUGGCGACAAGCGCAGGGAACGAAAGGAGAAGAUCAAGCGCAACGAGAGGAAAAUGAGAAAGAACCAGCGCGAGGCGGCUGGCAAGCGGUAG